ACCUUGUUAAAUGGCAAAUUCCAGAAGCAUCACACCUCCCAAUCCUCCGCAACCACAGUGUCUUAACUUAUAGAGUUCAGAGGAACACAAGUCUAAAAAUUAAUACAUUUGCAAAGUACAAUUCAGCAUAGACACUUACACUUUGACCUGAUUACAAAGAAUACUUGCAAACGCUGCAUCUUUCCAGCAAAACAGUGCUGUUUCAAGAGACCCACCCAGAAUGCAAGCAUAUUUUACAUUCUCCAGGGGAAGUGUGCCUUAUUUCCUCUAGACUCCAAGGGAAAACUCUUGCUCCCGACUGUUACCGGGCCAGCAGUGAUUCACAUCGAGUAUAACGAGCUGCAGCCAGCGACUCAUUUUUUCCGUCAACUUCAGGCACCAGACUUCGUCUCUGCACUCACAGGCAGCUUCGUCGUUGGGGUUUCUUAGCAAGCCAGUUUGGAGAUGCUCCAGGGGGCAGUCAGCAGGGCCUGGCUCUGCCUGUCCUGCUGCCUCCUGUUGGGGGUCUGCUUCCCAGCAGAGGGUGCAGGACCCCUUCCUAUGUUUUCCUCUGAGCAAGAGUCUGGGGAACCAGACCUUGAUGACUGGGAGUGGGGCUCUGGAUCAUCUCUUCUGCACCUGCUCCAUAGCUUUCCUGGUGACAACCCCUUCGUUACAGAAACCCCAGGAAAGCCAGUUAACUGCACCCAGCAUUUCUGGUUACCCUCAUCCUCUAAAAUCUGCUGGGAAAACAUAGCUGGCCCUGAGGAGUUUGCCAGGUCCCGUCUCCUUGUUCUGCAGAACAGGGCUGCCCUGCAGGCUGUGUCCACCUCUAGCGGGGUGGAGGAGGGAGGGAUCUCCUACAACCACCAAGCCAGAGAUGAGGUCCAAGGGAUCCGCUCAGACCAUCAGAGUGCUGUAGAAACCAUGCAGACCAUGGAGAAGGUGUUUAUCUCUCUGGAGGAGAAGAGGAAAGAGGGGAAGGAGCAGGGGGUCCUCACAAGCAUGAAGGAGCAUCUUGCCAACACAAGAGAUGCCAUCAACGGAAGAGAGCACAUGGCAAACAACCUGGAGAAUGAGUUUUCUACUUUAGAGAAGACUCUGCUUCACGUGCAGCUUCGACUCAACAAAUUCAUCCAACAAUGACAAUGUCGCAGACCUGUUGGCCUCAUUGUCUUCCCUUAUUUGAGCUCUAUAUAUUCAGGUAUAGCAUAACAUAGCAGAUGCAUGCAUGCUUAGGAUUAUGCAGGUCUAUAAUAAGAGAACAUACAAUAGCACACUUGAUUUGCACCUCAUUUUGUCUUAAACACAGCUACCAAAGUAACCUGGAACUUGCAGAGCUACACCUCAUCAGUUUUUUUGAUGAAAGUGUAGCUGUUAAUUCAAGGUCUGUUUCCAGUUAGCAAAAAUGUUCCAUGUGAAAAUUUCAUGGUCUGAUGAACAAAACAUAAAAGGCCAAGUUGUUUAACGCAUCAUUCAACACUCACAAACUGCAUUUCCAUGUCUGUCUUUCUCAAACUAUUGUGUAAAACGCAUUUUGGUACAAAAUAAAUAUCAGACAGCAUGAAUGUUUAUUUUAAUAUCAAAUCUAAACAAGAGAUUUGUAAGUAUAUGAGGAACAUGAUGUGUAAGGCAGUUAGUGAUUAUAUACACUUUAAAUAUUCACAGCUAUUAGGUUGAGUGUGAGUUUUUAAUUUGGAAAGACAAUGUUCAGUUUCUUUGCAGUUACACCGGAAAACAGAGGUAAUUGUACUGUCAAGUAUUUAUAG